AUGAUGCUAGAAGACUAUAGGAUAUAUGGAGAUGUGCUUGUCUUUGAUACAACAUAUAGAACUAACCGAUAUAAUCUUAUAUGUGCUCCAUUUGUUGGCAUAAACAAUCACUGGCAUAAUUGUAUGUUUGCAUGUACUUUUAUUAGGGAUGAAAAAACAGAAUCGUUUGUGUGGCUACUAGAAACUUUCAAGAAAGCUAUGGAGGAUAAAACACCAACUUCAAUAUUCACUAACCAGGACCAAGCAAUGGCAAAUGCAAUUGAGCGGGUGCUUCCUAAUACAAGGCAUAGACUUUGUAUCUGGCAUUUGGAACAAAAUGCAAUAACCAGAUUUGGGGCUCUAAAAAAAGAUAAAGAGUUUAAGUAUGCAUUCAACCAGUGCUUAAAGGGGUGUGUGACAGAACAAGAAUUUGAAGAAAAGUGGCAGGCAAUGAUGCAGAAAUAUGACUUAACAACACACUCUUGGUACAAAAGAGUGUACGAAUUGAAAGAGAAAUGGUGUCCCGCCCUUAGUAGAGAUUUCUUUUCAGCACGAAUUUUGUCGUCACAAAGGAGUGAAAGCACUAAUCAUGCUAUAGGGUUCAAAGCAAGUAAAGCAACUACCUUGAUAGAAUUUAAUACCACAUUUAAGAAGACAACCAAUCGUUGGAGAAGCACAAAGAAAUAUGAUGAGUUUACCUGUAGCAAGUUAAUAGCAUUCACUUCAUUGCCACUGUCCGGAAUGCUAAAGCAUGCUGCACAGGUAAAAGGUUAUACUCAAAAAGAUUUUGAAGAGGAGUUUGGAUACUCUAUGGCAACAACUAUUCAAAUGAUAGGGAGAACUGAAGAAUGUGUAUUUUAUCAAGUAUCCCUAGAAGACAAGCCAUGGUCUGCACAUCAAGUAAACUAUAUACAUGAGAGCCAAUGUGUAUGGUGUACUUGCAAACAUUUUGAAGCAUCUGGAUGGCUACGUUAUCAUUGCAUCAGAAUUAUACAUCUACAUUCAGUAACAAGAAUACUAGACAAGUAUGUUACAAAAAGAUGGACUAAGUUUGCAAAAAUAGAGGCAUGGAAUAGGUUGAAGAAUCAAGAUCCUACACAACCAUAUAUGCCAUGGAGUCAAACAAUGAUGAAGAAUUACUACAAUUUAAUCUUAAAAAGUCAAGAAAAUAAAGAGACAAGAGCAUUUAUGGAAGAAAGCUUCAGAAAUAGUCCAAAACUGGUGGAAGACUUACUUGAUACUGCUGCUCAAAGAGAAGAAGGUGCUGAAGUUGCUUCUGACAUUCCCGAUGUGGCAGACAACACUCAGAGCAAUAAUGAUGUUUCUUCAGCAUCCAGUACAAGCAUAAAUGUACCAACUAUACUUGAUCCUAAAAGAGCUGUAACUAAAGGAAGAAGCAAGAGAGCAAAAGGAGGGCUUUAA